GAAAUGGGAAUAGCUAGGAAAUGUUCAUAUUGUGGUAACUUGGGUCACAAUGCAAGGACUUGUAAAAGUCUCAGUCACGGACAACCAAAGCUGUUCGGAGACCAACUUGGUGGUUAUUAUUCUUCAUCGUUACCUUCCUAUUCUGCCACAAAAAUAAGUCUCAGCCCCAACAACUUGUUCUCUUCCCAUGUGUCCUCCUCCUUUUCCUUGCCUCCCCUGCUUCCUGCAAAUCAUAAUUCAGAUAGUUACUUCCAACACACAAAAAAAGGUGUGCCGUGGACAGAGGAGGAACAUCGGAUAUUUCUUGUAGGGCUUGAAAAGCUGGGGAAGGGAAACUGGAGAGACAUAUCUAGAAAUUUUGUGACAACAAGAACGCCUACCCAAGUUGCCAGUCACGCACAAAAAUAUUUUCUCCGUCAAUCAAACAAUACCUUCAAUAGAACAAAACAUUCUUCCACCCUAUUCCAUUGGCUUUCGCAUCCUCAUUCAGCAUUGAAUUGGCCUACCACUUCAACUGAUUGCACUCUCCAGAGCGCGUCCCUAGAUUUAGAACUUAAACUUGCAACUCCCAAGCCAUUGGAGCUGGUAGAUGCAUACUCUGCAGGCCUUUCUAAGUUAACCACUAGUGUGUAAUAUUUGAAGUAGUUUUCUUAGGAUAUUGCUAAAUUCUAAAUUAAGUUAACCACUAGUGUGUGAUAUGGUUAAGAGCUACAAGUCAAAUAUUUCCUAGGCAUUCAUCGUGUUAUAUAUAUUUAUCUUUAUUUUUCA